CUCUUCGUUGUUUUUUUUAUUUCUUUCUACUUUCUAUAAUCAUGUCCAACCCUUUACGUAUCUUUGUUCCUGUUAAACGUGUCAUUGACUUUGCUGUCAAGGUUCGUGUGAAUCCUGCCAAAACCGAUGUUGAUCGUAGCGUUAAACACAGUAUGAAUCCUUUUGAUGAAAUUGCUGUUGAGGAAGCUGUUCGUAUUAAAGAAAAGAACAAGGCUACUGAAGUGGUUGCUAUUUCCUGCGGUUCUGCCAAGGCUCAAGAAACUUUACGUACUGCUUUGGCCAUGGGUGCUGAUAGUGCUGUACAUGUGGAAGUCAAGGAUGAUGCUACUUUACAACCUUUGGCUGUUGCCAAGUUACUCAAGGCUUACGCUGACAAACAAGAAAAGAAACCUGAUUUGUUCAUUCUUGGUAAACAAGCUAUCGAUGACGAUGCUAAUCAAACUGGUCAAAUGUUAGCUGGUUUAUUGAAUUGGUCUCAGACUACUUUUGCUUCCAAGGUGGAAAUCGAAGGUGAAUCUCUCAAGGUGACUCGUGAAAUUGAUGGUGGUUUAGAAACUUUACAAACCAAGAUGCCUGCUAUUAUCACCACUGAUCUUCGAUUGAAUGAACCUCGUUAUGCCUCUUUACCCAACAUUAUGAAGGCUAAGAAAAAACCUUUGACCAAAAUUACCCCUGAAGAUUUGGGUGUUGAUAUCUCUCCUCGUAUUGAAACUCUCAAGGUGGAAGAACCCGCUAAGCGUCAAGGUGGUCGUACUGUGGAAAAUGUAGAUGAAUUAUUGGAUAAGUUGAAGAACGAAGCCAAGGUGUUGUAGAAUAAGAUUCCUAUAGUGUAGUUUUUUUUUUAUAUAGUUUGAUACAAUUACUUGUUGUUUUAAAACAAUUAAAAAUAAAAAUGGUCGUGUACAAUACAAUUUA